UUUUGUCAGAUGAUCCAUCUCCACUUUUUUUCUCUUGCAAAUUUGAAGAGGGUUCAUCGAUUUCUGGUUCAUUUGUGUCCUUUUCACCAUGUAAUGAUGGCUGUGAAUGUUACUGAAAACAAUGGUCACUACAGGCCACUCUGUGUAUGUUUACUACUAAUAAGAUAAUGUCAGAAACAACUUGAUUCCUGAAUAGCCUUGUCUCUUGUUUCUGUAUCCCUUUAUAUAGCCCAAGGUGUAACAGAUGCAGUGCAAACAGAUGCAUUGCAUUAGGGUUAAACACUGCAAAGUAUGAGUUUACCUGUGUAGUGCUUUUUUUUUUCUUGUCUUUGUAUUUUGAUUAUAGAUGACUUUCAAAAUUUUUAUCUAGAAAAAUUGAUUGCAGCAAUGUUUUUCUAGAUCCAUAUGCUCAACUUCUUCUUGAGGCUAUGAAGCAGUCUGGUUGCACUGUCUUCAAUGACCGGCACUUUGCUUGUGAAAACUGUGAUGGCUGUGUCAGUGGAGGUUUUGAUUCUGCCACAUCUCAGAUUGUUCUGUGUCAGAACAACAUUCGCCAACAAUCCCAUAUGAACCGGGUGGUCACACAUGAAUUGAUUCAUGCAUUUGAUCACUGCCGUGCACAUGUUGACUGGUUUAAAAAUGUCAAACACUUAGCAUGUUCAGAGAUUCGAGCUGCUAAUCUCAGUGGAGACUGUACACUGAUGAAUGAAAUAACCAGGUUUAAAUUUGGAUUAAAAGGACACCAUCAGACUUGUGUACGAGACAGAGCAAUUCGUUCCAUUUUGGCUGUUAGAAAAGUUAGCAAAGAAACGGCAGAGAAAGCUGUGGAUGAAGUUUUUGAUGCCUGCUUCAAUGAUCUGGAACCUUUUGGAAGAAUCCCGCACAGUAAAACAGAUGCAAAACGUGCUUAUAAAGACUUUCAGAACAGAGAUCGCUAUAAUGCUAAUUUGUAAAGAGAAAAAAAUGUAAGAAAUUAUAUUAAUAUUUGAUUGUUCUGUUACAUCUGGAGUCACAGUCUAUGCACGCAGUGCUGGUGGAAAGGGCAAUUUUAUUAAAUGUAUCAAUUAAUUUUGUAAACCUUUUCCAGGAGCCAAAUUCCAUGGAAUUAAACAAAGUAAAUGAACAAGACUA